AUCCCCUGGAAGCUUCUUGUGCAGGCUUUAAAUACUGAUUUAACAGAUGACAUUUUACACACAGCCUGCCACUGAGAAAAUAGCCUACUACUACUACUACUACUAGCCCAUAGCUCGCACUGCCUCCUCACACUUUACCACAGCUACCAGCUAGGGAACACACCACAGACACACCACAGCACAGACACACUUUACCACAGCUACCAGCUAGGGACCACAGGACAGCACAGACACACAGACACACAGACACACUUUACCAUAGCUACCAGCUAGGGAACACAGCACAGACACACCACAGCACAGACACACUUUACCACAGCUACCAGCUAGGGACCACAGGACAGCACAGACACACAGACACACAGACACACUUUACCAUAGCUACCAGCUAGGGAACACAGCACAGACACACCACAGCACAGACACACUUUACCACAGCUACCAGCUAGGGACCACAGGACAGCACAGACACACAGACACACAGACACACUUUACCAUAGCUACCAGCUAGGGAACACAGCACAGACACACCACAGCACAGACACACUUUACCACAGCUACCAGCUAGGGACCACAGGACAGCACAGACACACAGACACACAGACACACUUUACCACAGCUACCAGCUAGGGAACACACCACAACACACCACAGCACAGACACACUUUACCACAGCUACCAGCUAGGGACCACAGGACAGCACAGACACACAGACACACAGACACACUUUACCAUAGCUACCAGCUAGGGAACACACCACAACACACCACAGCACAAACACACAGACACGAUGGGAACUGUGAGAGUGUUAUUCUUCUCCGUUAUACUGUCACCGUGUCUCUCCUUGACGGGGAAACUCUUUAACCAGGAUGCAACGCUCCGACUGGAACAACGGGACGUGUUGUUCGAUAGAGAAGGUUAUCUGGAAGCAACGAGGUCUAAGAGAGAGGCAGCAGCGUUGUGGCUGGGAGAGGACUACGACUCCAGCAUGGUCUUCCUGGCUGCUGAUGAACCAGACGAUGCCCCAGAGCUGCCCACAUGCCUGCUGUGUGUGUGUCUGACCGGCUCUGUGUACUGUGAGGAGGUCGUUCCAGAGAUGACUGCUGUGCCCACCCUGCCCAAGGAGACCGCCUACCUCUACGCCCGCUAUAACAAGAUCAACAAGAUCACCAAUAAAGACUUUGCAGAAAUCGUGACUCUGAAGCGGAUCGACCUGACGGGGAACCUGAUCUCGGAGAUCCAGGACGGAGCGUUCUCCAAGCUUACCCUGUUGGAGGAACUCAAUUUGGCUGAGAACCAUCUGGUCAAGCUACCCAUGCUGCCCGGCAAGCUCACCACCUUCAACGCCAACCACAACCAACUCAAAACCAAAGGGGUCAAGGCCAACGCCUUCAAGAAACUGAGGCAGCUGGUUAACCUGUUCCUCGGAGACAAUGAGCUGGAGGCCGUGCCAGUGAUCCCUGAGAGCGUCCGCAUUAUUCACCUACAGAACAACAACAUCACCGAUGUCACCUCCGACACGUUCUGUAACGGCAACAACACGUACUACGUCAGACCCAACCUGAUGGAGGUGAGGUUGGAUGGAAACCCAGUGCUGCUGUCCAAGUCGCCCGACAGCUUCACCUGCCUCAACUCUCUUCCCGUCGGGAAGUACCGCUAAACAGAAGACUCCCUGGGGAGAAAAAGGUCUUCUGUAAGGUUGCAAACUUUCGGUAACUUUUUCCAAAAUUCCCAGGUUUUCCAUAAAUCCUACUUGGAGGUGUCCUGGAAUCAGGAGGGAAUCGGGAAUACUCCAAACAGGAUUUCUGUAGAACUAGGGGAUUUAGGGAAGAGUUUUACGGCGUUAAUGGACUUCCUGGUUAUAUAACGUUACAGUAGUAAAACAGACAGCUUUCAGCCAGACAAGCCAGACAGACACGUUCUGAAUAGAUUCAAUUCCCUAUUCUACUUCACGAAGACAAGACCAUCUGAUAUGACUGGUCGUCUACACCAUGCAUUCCAUUUCUGUCUGAACGUUUCUUCUGUAAAAAUUGUGCCCAGGUCUUUCUCAGUGUCUUUCAGAAGGCUAGUGGAUUCGGACUGAAAACGUUAGCGUGUUCACUUUAGCAUGCUACGUCAGGCUUCCUCUCUGUGUUGUUUCUGAUUUAAUUUCCUUUACCUUUUAGACACGUCUUGAACAUAAACUUGAUGAGCUAAAGGGUCUGAAGCCUUUGUAAAUACAUCUUUUUUUCAACGUCUGCUUCUGCCUAAUGUAUGAAUUAUGACUUCUUCAACAUGUCGAGUCAAGCUUUUGGCUUUCUGAAUUCUGUGAAUUACCUUCAUGUAAACUGGUUCUUAAGUAGAAGUUGACAAUAAAUGUAUCUUUGAAAUACGCAGCCUGUAGUAAUGUGAACCUAAUGCGCCUGUGUCUCAACAUUGUAAGCUUUGAUAUUGAAGUGGUGGAAUCAGAGGUGGUAUGAUCCUUUUCUAAAGUCCUUUUAGGAAUUAGGAAUUAUUACCUGUGAUUAUUACCUGUGAUUAUUUCAUGUGAUUAUUACCUGUUAUAAUUUCAUGUGAUUAUUUCCUGUGAUUAUUACCUGUGAUUACUACAUGUGAUUAAUUCCUGUGAUUAUUACCUGAGGUUAUCACCUGUGAUUAUCACCUGUGAUUAUCACCUGUGAUUAUCACCUGUGGUUAUUACCUGUGAUUAUCACCUGUGGUUACUACCUGUGGUUACUACAUGUGAUUACUACCUGUGGUUACUACCUGUGGUUACUACAUGUGAUUAUUACCUGUGGUUACUACCUGUGGUUACUACAUGUGAUUAUUACCUGUGGUUACUACAUGUGAUUAUUACCUGUGGUUACUACCUGUGAUUAUUACCUGUGGUUACUACCUGUGGUUACUACAUGUGAUUAUUACCUGUGGUUACUACCUGUGGUUACUACAUGUGAUUAUUACCUGUGGUUACUACCUGUGGUUACUACAUGUGAUUAUUACCUGUGGUUACUACAUGUGAUUAUUACCUGUGGUUACUACAUGUGAUUAUUACCUGUGGUUACUACCUGUGGUUACUACAUGUGAUUAUUACCUGUGGUUACUACCUGUGAUUAUUACCUGUGGUUACUACCUGUGGUUACUACAUGUGAUUAUUACCUGUGGUUACUACAUGUGAUUAUUACCUGUGGUUACUACAUGUGAUUAUUACCAGUGGUUACUACCUGUGGUUACUACAUGUGAUUAUUACCUGUGGUUACUACAUGUGAUUAUUACCUGUGGUUACUACCUGUGGUUACUACAUGUGAUUAUUACCUGUGGUUACUACAUGUGAUUAUUACCUGUGGUUACUACAUGUGAUUAUUACCUGUGGUUACUACCUGUGGUAACUACCUGUGAUUAUUACCUGUGGUUACUACCUGUGGUUACUACAUGUGAUUAUUACCUGUGGUUACUACAUGUGAUUAUUACCUGUGGUUACUACCUGUGAUUAUCACCUGUGAUUCUGACCUGUGGUUAUCACCUGUGAUUAUCACCUGUGAUUACUACGUGUGGUUAUUACCUGUGAUUACUACGUGUGGUUAUUACCUGUGAUUACUACGUGUGGUUAUUACCUGUGAUUACUACGUGUGGUUAUUGCCUGUACAGUAAAAACUACAAAAUGUUAUUUGACUGUGGCUGUGUUUUUAUAUAUUUUAAUACAAUUAAACCCUGCAUGAACGUCAACCAAACAAAACCCA